ACCUUUUCCAAACCAGGAAAGCUUCUCUAUCACUCAUUAUCUAUCUGCCAAGGAGAAGAAGAACCAAGAAGCCGAGAGAGCUCCAUUGUUGAAGGAUGGGCGGUGCGAAAUACAUCUUUCCUGCUGUGUUGGGAUCAUUUGCAGUGGCAUGGGCAUGUGAUCAUCUCAUUGCUGACAAGAAGAUAUUUGGAGGAACUACUCCAUCAACUGUUGCAAACAAAGAAUGGUGGGAAGCUACUGACAAGAAGUUCCAGGCAUGGCCUCGCACUGCCGGUCCACCUGUGGUCAUGAAUCCCAUCAGUCGACAGAAUUUCAUUGUUAAGUCAAGCAUUGAUAAAUGAAUCUGCAACAUCCUUACUCACUCUAUCUGUGUAAUAUAAUGUAAUGACUAAUGACAGUCUUAUUUCGUAGGGUUUGGUUGCUGUGAAUUUUGAACCUUUCUUAAUAUGUGUGACAAACAAAUCCUGGAUCACCAUUUAUUACUAUUUCUAUUUGUUUCACCAUCAGAUCAUAAUUAGUCACCAGGAAAUUUACCACUAAAUGAUGUGGUAGAUGACAUACAUGAUUGUAUCUUUGGCUUUGCUAUUUAUGGCAUUACUCUCCUACC